AUGCUUAAAAUGAUAGACAGACUUCCUGUAAAAAGACUGCAUGAGCGCGCCAUGCUCCCAACCCGUGGCUCUUCUGAAGCAGCAGGUCUUGACUUGUAUGCUUCAGAGCCUCUUAUAAUCCCAAGUAAAGGAAGAGGCCUUGCAAAGACAGGAAUUGCAAUUGCGGUUCCUCGAGGCCAUUAUGGAAGAGUAGCUCCUAGAAGCGGGCUUGCUGUGAAUUUUGGGAUUGAUGUGGGCGCUGGCGUAAUUGAUAGUGAUUACAGAGGUGAAGUAGGGGUUGUUCUCUUUAAUUUUGGAGAUCAAGAUUUCGCUGUGAAUCCUGGGAUGAGAAUUGCACAAUUGAUUAUUGAAAAAAAUGUUAAAAUAUGGCUUCGGUCGAAUUUCUGGUCUGCUGACUGAAAAUUCAUAUCUUGCAUAUUUUAGUUAUGAGGUUUGGUUGGUGAAAUUAUCUCAGCUAUUCCAGGGAAGCAAGAGCCUGGUGGUUUUUCCUAUCGGAUUUCUGACCUUAGUGAAUCGAAUAUUCCAGAAGGUGCUUCUUUCCAGGUGGUGGAGACUGGAACCUUUAAGGUGCUGUUCGGACCCAAGUAAGUACCUGAGCUCAAAGUAAAUCGUUGAAGCUCAUGACCAAGACUGGUGUCUUCACUGGAAAACAAAGUCCGAAGUGGUCACCCCUUUGAUGGGCCCUAAAUAAAAUGGCGCGAAUUUCGCCCCAGAGCGUUAUUGAGGGUAGUUUGGUCGAGUAACCUGUUAGUGAACGCUAUACUUGUUAUAGAUUGAUUACCUAAUUGUUAUUGAAAAAAUCGAAGUUCCAGAUGUUGUAGAAGUUGCUGAUCUGAAUGAGACUGUAAGAGGAGAUGGAGGAUUUGGUUCAACUGGGUCGAAUUAA